AAACUAGAUGGUUUAGUGAAUACUUUGCCCGGUAUAUAUAUAUAUAUAUAUAUAGGGAUUGGGAGCGCGCAAAGUAAGCGGGGUCAAAUUGAUAUUUCCGCUCUAACACAAUCCAAAUAUAUCCAUGUAGACAAUAUUAGGGUUUAUAUCGUUCAUAUGCACAGCGAAUCCGGCGAAGAAACACCCGAGAGAGAGAAAAAUGGGGUCGCGAGAGAAGGAUCAGACAACGCCUCACCCGCCUCUCCUGAGCAGCCUCGUCGUACGGCCCACCAACAGUGGCGGAGGUGGAGCUGGCGGUGGCAGCGACUACGAACCCGGCGAGGUUCGUCGCGACCCACCUCCGUAUUCUCGCUCCGAUCGAUUCUACGACGAUCCAGGAUAUAGAAUUCGUGCAGGUUCUGGUUCUCCAGUGCGCCGAAGGAAUGCAGAUAAUCGCUACAGUCCUGAUUUUGGUCAUUCAGGUGGACCACCACGCAGUCGUGGAUUUGGAAGUGGGAGAGAUCCUGGUAGAUAUCGAGACCAUACACCCCCUUAUGGUCGUGGGAGAGGUGGUGGCCGGUUUGUUGGUGGUGGUUUUGAUGGGCCUGGACUUGGACCUGGACCGUUUAGAGGUGAAGGCUUGCCUAGAAAUAAUCCUAAUGUGCGUCCAAGAGAAGGAGAUUGGAUAUGCCCAGACCCCUCGUGCAACAAUUUGAACUUUGCAAGGCGGGAGUAUUGUAACAACUGCAACAGGUUUCGUCAUGCCCCUGGAAGGAGCCCCCGGAGGGGAUACGCUGGCCCACCGCCUUCACAUGCGCCCCCUAGACGUUUCCCUGGUCCUCCAGGGGAUCGUUCUCCUCCAGGCAGGACUCUGAACGGCUUUAGGUCUCCCCCUCGUGGUUGGGUCAGAGAUACUCGUGAGUUUGGGGCUGGUGGUCCUCUUCAUCCAAGGCAUGACAACAGGUUUCCUGAUAACCCCAUGCGCAGAGAUCGACCGGAUUAUCCUGAAGAUGACUACAGGGAUAGGAGCAAGUUUGAUAGACCUAUGCCAAUGGAUUGGGGCCACAGAGACCGUGGAAGGGAUGACUUCUUCAAUGAGAGGAAAGGUUAUGAGAGGCGGCUACCAUCUCCACCACCUCCAACAACACUUGCCCCUCAUCGUGGCCGAUGGGGACGUGAUGUGAGAGAGAGGAGCCGGUCUCCUAUUAGGGGUGGACCACCACCAAAGGAAUAUCGUCGAGAUAUGUUCACAGGACGGGGGCGAGAUGAUCGGCGUGGAAUGGGCAGAGGGCGGAUUGGUGAUGCAUAUUAGCAGGUUUUUGUGUGGCAUAUAGGUUGUUUUAAAUAGAUGUAUGUUCUUUUAGAGAGUAGACGUAAUCACUUUUUGAGGAUUUUGAAUAGUGGUUAUGGUUUGAUGUUGUGAAACUUUAAACAAGAUCAAAACUCGGUUUUUUGAAUUCUGGAUUUGCUGUUUUGGGUUGAAA